UAUAAGCCAUAGUACAACGCUAAAACGAUAUUGGUGGUAUCAUUAUAUUUAGAUUUGUUUUGUUUUUUAAAUUAAACAAUCUGCGAUGCUAUUUGAUGUAAAACGUUAAAGAGUAACAGUAUAUCUAAAACAUGUAUAAAGCUCUAUAAAAUUUACGUUAUAAUCUAAUAGAACUGUGUAAAUUACUUCAUUUACUUUUUAUUUAUAAAUUUAAGAGAAAGUAGCCAAAAGAAAUGGGUUGUUACUUGAAUGAAAUGUAUUUCUUUUUGUUAUAAUUCUUAAAGUUACUCGCUUAAAUCGACGCGUUAGUGAGAAUAUACAUUAUAUCAAUGGAUCAUAAAAAUGAUAUUAAAACCAAUUUGCUGUGUACAGCAUGUCUCUGUGUUGGUAGAUCUAUACAUGAAGUUAAAGAUGAAAAAUUAAAAAAAUAUUAUAUGGAUAUACUGAACGAGAUACAACUCAAUGAUAUACAAACUGUGGUUCCAAUAAUUUGUUGGGAGUGUGAUGCAGUUCUGAAGAAAGUGUUAUCAUUCAGAGAACAAGUCAAGGACUCUUAUAGGAUAUUACAAACUUAUACCGAGAAUCUCAACGAAUUUUUACUGAGUGAUGUCUCUCGUACACCAAGGUUGAAGGUCCACGUCAACGACCCAGUAUCCAUAGCUCCUAAUAACGAUGUCAAGCUAGUUAAAGUAGAGAGGUGUGAAGGUAUAAAUAAGUAUGAAAUAGAAAAUGGUGACGUCACAACCGACGUAUCGGAUACGGAACCAGAGAUGGCAAUACAAACGGUGCUCUGUGAUGUUGUAAUGGAUAGAAAGAAAAAGAAGAACGUUACAAGAACGAAUAAAUCGCGACAGAGAACCAAUGCGCGUUUCCAGAAAGAUCCUGUCGCAAUCGAACUGCGAGCGGAUUUGAAAGAAGUGAAAAUUGAAUGGAAGAACGAUUCGGGAAAAAAUUCAAACGAUAUUAGUGAAAAUUCGACAUUAAGUUUAGGUGAUAAAAAUGAGCCGGACCUACAUACAAGUAAUGGAAUGAAAACUCAAAUAAAGAAAAGAAACUCAUUAAACAAAAGUUCAACAAUGCAACCCGAGUUGAAAGUUGAAAAUGAAUUUUUGAGGAUUGAUGAUUUAAAAAUGGAAAUGGACACAGACGACAUUUCGAUGGACGGUUCCCGCAAUUCAGAUAUUGAUGUACAUGAUUUGGAUAAAGAGAUUAAAUCUUUAUUAAGUGAAGUCGCUGAUAAAGACGAAGGUUCGUCCGCAAAGAAACCGAAAAAGACUAAAAAGAAGUUCAUAACCGUCGAUCUCACUUACGACGAAAUGCAAACGGAGAGAUCACGUAUCGCGAACAGAGAGAGCUUCGUACGCGCACAGUACAAGUGUGAAACGUGCCUUAUUCUGUUCAACUGUGCAUCAUCACAAAGGGCUCAUCAUUCGAAGAAACAUGAGAUUCCCGGGAAUUAUAUAUGUUCAAUAUGUAAAACGAUUAUAUCAACAGUGGAGGCGUUCACAGCGCACUACAGGAGGCAUACCAAGAGGUACGAAUGUUCGGUGUGUAAGAAACGCUCAUCAGACUUGAAGGCGAUGUACCAGCAUCUCUACAAGAGACACGAGAUCUCUCUGAAGAAAUACAAGUGUAACAUAUGUGGGAUGAUUUCCAAGUCUAUAGAUAGUCAUAGGAUCCAUGGCGACACGCACAAGGCUCGUGUGCCGUGUUCGCAGUGCGACAAGACCUUCAGCCAUCGAGCUGGACUCAUGAAUCAUCGCCUCACGGUGCACGAAUCACAGAACGAGUUCCCCUGCACGGUGUGCAAUAAAGUAUUCAGAUGGAAAACGAGCCUGAAGCGGCAUUUGGAGAAGCAUGACACGCAGAAUAAAGACAGCAGUCCAUCGAAGAGGGCGUACUGCGCGUCCUGCGAAAUCGCCUUUUCGUCUGUCUGUUCGUUACAGCGUCACCUCAGGAACAGCCUGAAGCACGUAACGCACGAUCAGCUCAAGUUCAUCUGCGACCACUGUAACAUGAGGUUCGCUGACAAGACGAAGCUGAGGGAUCAUAUAGAAGAGAAACACCUCCAUAGGACCUUCCAAUGCCCGAUAUGUUACAAGCCGAGUAAAAAUCGUGUCGGUCUCGAGCAACACGUCCGCGCCGUGCACAAGGGGAGGCCGAAUAACCGGAUGUGUCACCAUUGCGGGAAGGGAUUUCCGACGAAAGUUCAGCUCGAGUCCCACAUCCGGACGCACACGGGCGAGCGGCCCUACAUGUGCGAGUUCUGUCCGACGACAUUCUCGCAACAGUCCAACUUGUACAAGCAUCAUCGACAGGUACAUUUAAAUAUUAAAUCUAAGAGGUACCUCUGCAAGAAAAUGAAGAUCGGGAAUCAAACUGGUGAUCCUCAGCAGUCAUUCUUGCCGGUCAUGCAAUAUUUGCCAGAGAAUGGCUUUAGUUUAUGAUUAUAUAAAUAAAUAUUUAUAU